UUCACAAACAGCCAAUAUAAAUGCGAGGCUCGUCAGCGUGCCACAGUCUGCGGAGGCAAACAGAUCCGAGACGCAGCUACAGCACAGAAAGCUCACAAUACUUCAGGAACAUCAUCCUCAUGUUGUGUUGUAACUGCGGGAUGGCUGUGAAGCUGCUCUGUCUCUUCCUGCUGCUGGCUGUGUUGUAUCCCAGCUGGGCCAAAGAACAAACAUGUCUCAUAUUUGCCUCCAACUGCGACGAGUGCAUCCAGUCUGGCCCGGAGUGUGCUUGGUGCACCACCCCUCAUUCUCACAUUCGCUGUCAUACCGUGAAGGAGCUGCAGAGAGCAGGCUGUCAUCAAAGUUAUGCAUAUAACCCUCAGGGCACGGUGCAGGUUGUCAAGAAUGAGAGUAGCACUGAGCCAACAGAUGCCAAGACUCUGUUUCUCCAGCCCCAGGAGCUGUCCCUCCAUCUGAGGCCGGGUGUGAGUCAGUCCUUCCCUCUAACUAUCACCAUGCCGACAGACCAGCCUGUCCCAGAACUCACUAUGGACACCAGCAAUGUGCCAACGGGAGUCAACAUCACAUUCAGUGGUGUCACGACUGGAAAUCCCCUACUCGUACAGGUGAAUUUGGAGGUUGCCCAGUGUCCCAGCAAUAGCGACGACUCAACCCAGAACAGGACUGGGCCCUGGUCCGUCCACAUCACACCCAGAGGAUUUUCAUUGAGUGUGAAGCUAGAAAUAACUUUAGAGUGUCAGUGUGACUGCACAAGAAACCGUGAGGAAAACAGCCCUCGGUGCAGUAGCCAUGGAGCUCUGGUGUGUGGCCAAUGUCAGUGCUACAGUCCUCACAUCGGAAAACUCUGCCAGUGGGACGUUGAUUCAGUUUUUUCAUCCGAUGAAGACUUCUGUCGCUGGGUCCCAAAUGCCCCGGUGUGCAGCGGCAGGGGUCGGUGCGUGGUUGACUUCUGUGAGUGCGAGAAACGAGAAAACCCACAAGAAAGAUACAGUGGCCAAUUCUGCGAGUGCAGCAACUUUGACUGUCCUUACUCCAACAACCAAAUAUGUGGAGGCCAUGGGCAGUGCGAGUGUGGACAGUGCAUUUGUGAUAACGACUGGAUCGGUGAAGACUGCAACUGCUCCUUGGAUACCGCCUCUUGUAUGGCAACAAACCAGCAGCUGUGUAAUGGUAAAGGGAUGUGUCAGUGUGGAAGAUGUAAAUGUGAGCCACCGUACAGAGGCCCAACCUGUGAGAUGUAGAGUGUCAGGCGUUCGGGAUGGGAGAGAAGAAGGCUAGGUGUGACAGAGAGUGUGGCUACGUCAAUGUUAUAAUGGCGGAGACCAGAAAUGAUCUGCCUCAAAAAGGAGAAACUCUGUAAAAUGAUGAGCAGUGAUGACUCUUGCCUCUUCUACUACAUCGUCUCCAACACGCACUCUGGAGGUCAACAGUCAACAAUGACACGAGCUAGAGAAUGUCCCAGUAAACUGCAGUGACCAGCUUCAUGUCAUAUUUAGUUUUAAAAGUUUUUUUUUUUUCUAUUAACACCCAUUCAUUUUAAUUAUUGCUAGAAAUAGGCAAAUAAAAGAAUUUACAACCUUGAAAACAAUGUA